AUGGAGGAGAAGGGGUUCUCCCUCAUCAUGCCAAGCUUCUCUCUCUUCUUCCUAGUUGCCAAUGCAUCCCUUGUGAGCUCCCAAACAGAUUCAUGCUCCUCCAAGCUAAGUGUUGGCAACCUCAUACCUUUCAACACCUCUUCCCUCAGCUGCUUCUCUGCAUGGAGCUCUGAAGAUUUCAUUUUAAGGUAUGGUAAGGCGGGGGCCAGUGAAUGGAGCUUUGUACUAUCAGCACCAGACGUUGGCACGUAUAUCUCGAUUGGCUUCUCAUCGAACGGGAUGAUGGUCGGGAGCAGCGCGAUGGCCGGAUGGGUCUCCGGUGGGGGGUCAGGCACCGUGAAGCAGUACUACCUGGGCGGGACGAGCUCGCGGUCGUGCCCACCGGACCAAGGGAGUUUAAAGCUAGUGCAGGGAAUGUCGUUGAUCGUGUCGCAAAAUUCGCGUUUGUUUUUGUCUUUCCAGUUAACAGGCCAACCGUUCCAGAAAGUGAUCUAUGCCGUCGGGCAGAGCGGUAGCUUGCCCUCGUCGAGUGGAUACUUGCCGCAGCAUAGAACUAUGGCCUCAGGGACCAUCAAUCUCUCUGGUGGUGGCGGCAGCGGCGGCAGCACUGUUAAGGGUGGCAAGAGUACAGGUGAUGAUAUCGAAAGUGAACAUGAGGGAGGGUCUAAUCAAGGAGGAAGCGACGAUGUCGGAGAGGGAGGAGGAGCCGACGGAGGUUCGCAAAUGCCAGCAAACGGUCACAGCUCGAGCUUGAGCUCGAAAAGGAAGCACGGCCUACUAGCCAUAAUCGGCUGGGGGGUAGUAAUCCCCGUCGGGGUGGCGGCGGCCCGAUUCUUCAAGCAAUGUGACCCAUUCUGGUUCUAUUCACACAUCUCGGUCCAGGGGAUCGGGUUCGUCCUAGGUGCGAUCGCUCUGUUCACAGGAUUCAGGCUCGAAGACGACUCGAUCGACGUCCACAGGACUCUUGGUGUGGUCAUCUUGGUUUUUGGGUGCCUUCAGGUUAUGGCUGUUCUAGUUAGGCCAACAAAGGAAUCGAAAGCAAGGAAAUAUUGGAAUUGGUACCAUCACUAUGUUGGUAGAGCUACAAUUUUCAUUGCAAUUGGGAACAUCUUUUAUGGGUUUAAGUUAGCAAAAGAGGACAAAUCAUGGAGCUAUGCAUAUGGCAUUUUUGUGGGGGUUUUUGGAGUCAUAUACCUUGUUCUUGAGGAGUGGAGGCGCAAGAAUAUACAGUUGAAUCCAUGA